CGCUACCUCAUCCGGUUAUUCAUUCACUUACCCGCAGUACUCACUCACCACGAAGUACAGCACACUCCCGAUUCAUUGUAUUGUACUGAUUGAUGCUCCGUACAAUACUCCCUGCCUAUUGUUAUGGACUGUACAGACUAGACUGUCUCCACCACGUACCUUAUCACAUCGUCGGCGGAGCUCGGAUUUCAUCGCAAACUAUCUUGCACGUUUCUCAUUCAUCAUCUUACGAGAUCAAUGAGACAUCACUCCCAAGGACCGUGGUAUAGAGUGUCGGUCUAGUGAGAACUGAUGGUGAUGAAAGGUCUCCAGGUCCCUCGACUGAAUCAUGACCAAGAGCAGCGAUGGCGACUGGGCUACGUUGGUCAAAGCCCUUUCUAGUCUUCUAGGCUGGAUCUAUACUCUAUCUUGGAGUGCUUCUUUCUAUCCGCAACCCUGGCUGAACUGGCGGCGUAAAUCAACAUUGGGUCUCGCUAUCGACUUUCCUUUGCUCAAUGUCCUUGGGUUUCUCUGCUACAGCAUAUCUUCCUGCGGGUUUCUGUACUCCGCCACAAUCCGGAAUCAAUACGCUGCAAGACAUCCAGCAUCUCCCGAACCAACUGUUCAAUUCAACGACGUGGUUUUCGGCGUGCAUGCCGUGAUCCUGGUUGUCCUGACCUAUUCACAAUUCUAUCCCUGGUUGUGGGGAUUCAAGGUAUCAUCACGCCAACGGGCCGCGAAACCUGUCUUAGGUAUUGUUUGGGGCAGUGUCCUGGCUAUAUUGGCUGUUAUUGGAAUCGUGGUCAGUCACUCUGGCCUUCAACAUCAAGAUCCGCAGGAAUGGGCGUGGAUCGAUGUGCUCUAUACCCUGGGCUAUGUGAAGCUCAUCUGUACGUUUGUCAAGUACAUCCCGCAGGUCAUUGUGAAUUUUGAGCGCAAAUCCACGGUGGGUUGGAGCAUCUCACAGAUCUUAUUCGACAUCACUGGAGGGGUGCUGUCCUUGCUUCAAUUGGUCAUCGAUGCUAGCUUUCAAGGUGACUGGAGCGGCAUUACUGGCAACCCUUUGAAAUUGGGUCUUUCCAAUAUCAGCAUCAUCUUCGACAUCAUUUUCAUCGUUCAACACUUCAUCCUGUACCGAAAUCAAGAGGCCCGAAUGAGUGAUCAAGAUGAUUCGGAGCGGCCACUCCUGGGAUAGCAGCUUGGCGCACACCAAAUAUAGGCCUGGAGAGAAUACUCGUCGCAUCAGUCUCUCCAUGGAUUGAGAAGCCGAGGGACUGCAUUUAGACGAACCUGGAUCCGCUUACCCCUGAGGCUCCCCCGUCCACCACAGAUGGUAUAUUAGACCUAGCCGUGUUGACCGACGCCUGUUCACGCCAACAUCGAAAGCGAGACUUGCAGUCAUUUCAAGGGCCUGGGCGUCAUCACAUACAAGGGCUGACAAUGGCUAAAUUUGUAUGUAGACGUAUAGGGGUAGCUUGAACAUGUUGUUUUUCCUUGGUGACUUUCUUUUUCAAAUGGGGACGAGACCCCGUCAGUGUCAGAGGCCUAACCUUUGUGUCGCUGCAGUCCUGGUUCG